AUGACGGCAACGACGAGCAAACGACGACGACCACCGGAGAAGACAAACACUGCGGAUGCCGAAAAACGGGACAGCCAAAGGCGACUAACGCCGGACAGAGUUCGAUCAGAUGCGGGUUCAGUUAAGGAGUGUAAUUUGUUCACCCCCUACGUGAGUCCUCCCGCAAGCCCUACGUCGGUUUCGUCUGUCAGGGUGGGGAGGAAGGGUGACGAAGCCAGAUGGGGGCUUCAGUCAGAGUUGGCGGGGGGUGGCCAGCGCACUGUCAGAGUGGGAGGAGCACCUUCGGCUUGGGGCGUUGUUCGGGUGCGGGUGUUCUGCUCGCGGGCGUUGUCUCUACAAAGAGCACUCUUUCAUAUAUCUGAUGGUGGACCCAAUUGCUUUGAGAUUGGCUCAGAAAUUAUGAGACUUUUUCAACCUUCUCAAUUGUAUAUUGGAACCAGCUUAAUAGGAGAGUUCCCUGCAUGCUACUAUAUACUUUAGACGGUAAGUUGAUAGAAUGGCAAUGAUGUAGGUAUGUACUCUGUUAGUAAUGCCCGUUUGAUGGAUUUUGAUUAUAUGUUUUCUAAGGCUUAGAAUUUACUAAUUCAUCAUGUUGUUUGAUAUAGUCAAUGACCAUUUGUUAUGUUGGUUUCUGUUUUAAAUUCCGUUUUCUGUUUAUAGUAAAAAUAACUUAUCAAAAGAUAUAUUUAUCAUGAAUUCAAGAAAGAUGUUAUUUUUA